GGCCCGGAAGAUCCGAGUCCAUCCGUGGUGGGGAGAGGGCGAACGGGGCCGGCGGGGGCCGGAGCAGGGGCGGCGGCGCUCGGACUGUCCCAUCCGCCCCAUAUUGAGGCGCUGGGAGCGGCGGGGCGGCCAGAAAGCGAUGGUGAAAGCGGGGCCGUGAGGGGGGCGGAGCCGGGAGCCGGACCCGCAUUAGCGGCAGCAGCGGCGCCGCCUCCCCCGGAGCGCAGACCCAGGAAGCGGUCGGGAGGGGAGGGAGCGAACCAGGCCGGAGCCGAAGCCACCGCCGUCAUGGAGCUGAGAGUUGGGAACAGGUACCGGCUGGGCCGAAAGAUCGGCAGCGGCUCCUUUGGAGACAUCUAUCUCGGUACUGACAUUGCUGCAGGAGAAGAAGUUGCCAUCAAGCUCGAAUGUGUCAAAACCAAACACCCUCAGCUCCAUAUUGAGAGCAAAAUCUACAAAAUGAUGCAGGGAGGAGUGGGCAUUCCUACAAUUAAAUGGUGUGGGGCAGAAGGGGACUAUAAUGUCAUGGUGAUGGAGCUUUUGGGACCAAGCCUUGAAGAUCUCUUCAAUUUCUGCUCAAGAAAAUUCAGUCUGAAAACUGUCCUGCUACUUGCUGACCAGAUGAUUAGUCGGAUUGAAUACAUUCAUUCAAAGAACUUCAUCCACCGAGAUGUGAAGCCGGAUAAUUUUCUUAUGGGACUGGGGAAAAAGGGUAACCUGGUCUACAUCAUAGACUUUGGGUUGGCCAAGAAGUACCGGGAUGCUAGGACCCAUCAGCACAUACCCUAUCGUGAGAAUAAAAACCUCACAGGAACUGCUCGUUAUGCCUCCAUCAACACUCAUCUUGGAAUUGAACAAUCUCGAAGGGAUGACUUGGAGUCCCUGGGCUAUGUGUUGAUGUACUUCAAUUUGGGCUCCCUCCCCUGGCAGGGGCUGAAGGCUGCUACCAAGAGACAAAAAUAUGAAAGAAUUAGUGAAAAGAAAAUGUCCACUCCCAUUGAAGUGUUAUGUAAAGGCUACCCUUCUGAAUUUGCCACUUACCUGAAUUUCUGUCGUUCGUUGCGUUUUGAUGACAAACCUGACUAUUCCUAUCUGAGACAGCUCUUCAGGAACCUGUUCCAUCGCCAGGGUUUUUCCUAUGACUAUGUGUUUGACUGGAACAUGCUCAAAUUUGGUGCCAGCCGGGCAGCUGAUGAUGCCGAAAGGGAACGCCGGGAUCGAGAGGAACGAUUGAGACACUCCCGAAAUCCAACAACUCGGGGUCUCCCUUCCACUGCAUCAGGCCGCCUGAGGGGAACACAAGAUGUAGCUCCUCCUACUCCCCUCACCCCUACCUCACAUACUGCAAACACCUCUCCUCGGCCUGUCUCUGGAAUGGAAAGAGAGCGGAAAGUGAGUAUGAGACUGCAUCGUGGUGCCCCAGUCAAUAUCUCUUCGUCUGAUUUAACAGGCCGACAAGAUACCUCUCGCAUGUCAACCUCACAGAUUCCCGGUCGGGUGACUUCCAGUGGUCUUCAGUCUGUCGUGCACCGAUGAGAAAUCUCCUUUUUGCCGUGGAGGGGCAGACAAUGCAUGGCUGAUCUACUAUGUUACCUACCAAUGGCUUUACUAGUGAAACGUCCCCCGAUCUAGAACAGAAAACGUUAACACCAGGAGCUCUCCAGGCCUUUUUACCCAGCGAUGCUCAUGGGGGAAACAAAAAAAUACCCUAAACUGAACAAACUCCAAGUGCUGCCAUCGCCAGGGGCUGAAACCUGAUGCCCCCUCACAAAGAACUCAGUUAUAACGGGGCUGGGAAGAAAAAGCAGAGUGUAAGAGAGAGACAAUUUGCAAAGAGAAUCAAACUCCCAUUUGAGAGUCUUUUCAUUUUUCCCUCCAUGGUGGUAAACUUAUGCUACCCCUUAUUAUUAUUCUACUGUAACUAUAAAUCUUUUACUUGGUUUAAGACAGUUUUGUAUCAUUUUGCUAAAAAUUAUUGGCUUAAAUCUAUGUAAAGAAUUCUGUCUUUUAAUUGUUGUGUUUUUGUCUGAUUUUUUUUGUUUGUUUGUUUUUGUUUUUUUCUGGUCUGACUUAAAAGAUGUUGACUUUGAAGAAUCCUACAUCAAAGACACUGGCUUGGAGUUUCAGGCAGGGAGUGUAUGUGAAUUAAAAUGAUCAAAUUUUUUUGUGUUUUUUUGUUGUCUUUGUACAAUCCAGUUUGGAGGGGGUUUUCUCAUCAAAGUUUUAUAUGCAUAUAUAUGUGCACAUAUAUAUAUAUAUAUAUGAGUAAUAUAUAUGUGUGUGGCUUGCAGUUUCAUUAAUUUGCUUUAUGGCUGUCUUGUUCACUCUUCCCUAUGUAAAACUGAAGUGCCCCUACAACACAAAGGUUUUGAAUUUCUUGCCAGUCUGCAGUCAGAGAGUUAAGACUGCUGCUUGAAAGGUGUGGGGCUACUUUCAAACAAUGCAAUGCAAGACACUACUCUUUCCAAAGGAGCGUGGGAAGGGAAAUAAGAAGUCUGAAGAAUAUUGAAGCCAAGGCUUUUGAGACCCAAAUUGAACAGUUGGGAGUUCUUAUGAUUAAAAAUUGAGUAUAUGUUUCUGGUUUCCUUGUGAGAAGAUUGUAAUUGAGAGACUUUGGGGGUAGUGUAUGGUUUUCUCAAUGAUGUUGAUUGUCUAAAUUCCUUUGAAUGGGGGAAAAUUUAAAGUGGACUAUAAAUGCUACCAAUACAGAUUGGCACUUCAUUUGUAGUAACACCUAUGUGCUCAAAAGAAAGUAACUGGUCUGCCAUCCUUUGAUGCCGAGGUUUAUCUACAUGGGCUGAAUGGAUGAAGGGGAAUCCCCCAGAAGUGCCAAGAAAUAGAUGCUUACAACCUACAUAACCAACAGGUUAUGGUCGUGCAUUUAUGGGGCGAGGUUUUUUGCAGCCCUGAGUUGCGCGUGUGAACCGAAGAGAAACAAAGAAAUGCAGGGUUGAUUCAAAACCUACUAGAAUGCAAAUGGCCUCCGUACACAGCAUCUUUUUCCUCUGGAGGCCCUUGGGGACUUCUGCUCUUGGUAGCUUUUCAUAAAAUGAUGUUUCUUAUUGUUAAUCUUGCAGCACUCGGAACACCGAACUGUAGUGAUACCAAAUCUUUACUCAAGCAAAGUAGAUGUGAGCUUUUUCUGUCUUGGGAAUCAAGGUGCAAUAUAUAUAUAUAUAUAUAUGUAUAUAUAUAUAUAUACACACACACACACAUACAUACAUAUAUAUAUAUAUAUAUACACACAUAGGUAUUUUUAUAUUUCUUUCUAAUCAACCCAUUGGAGAGUGUGUCCUGUUUGGAAGCUAAGCUAUACCCACCCCUUUCUCUCACCCUUGAUCCUAUAGUCUCCCUCUCCCUAAACCCCCAAUUUCCUAGAACUGAAACAUUUGUUCAUGAAGACACCUAAUUUUUUAAAAUUGAUGUUGCAAUGUUUGGCCAGUUGCUUUCAUUUUCAUCGCCAGUAGUUGUUCCAUUUAAUCCCAAUAAAUUGAUUUUUUUUUUUCAAAGCCCUAAUCUGGUUGCUUUUAUGAGCUUUUGGGGAGUGUUUACUUGACAGGUUUGGGGAACCUGAGUUGGGGAGUGCAAUAGGAAGAUUCAAACUUGAUUAGUGGAGGGAUUUUGUGUGUGUGUGUGUGUAGCUGAAUGUCUUAAUGAGUUAGGUUUUAAUCCUUCAGGCAUGUCACUAUCAGCUACAGUCCUACACUGAAGUGUGCUUUCUUUGUAAAUAUCUGUGGUUUCUGAUGUAACGCCAGAAAGACAUAUCAAAGGCAGCCUUUCUUCCUCCCUCUAUCCAGGACCUGAAAUUGACAGAGUGUCUAUGAAAAGUGGUUUCAGAUGCAGAUUUCUAGAAUUGUGUUUGGUUGUGGACAGUUCUUGCCCUUCCAUGAUAUUUAACUCCACCAUUACCUGCAGGAAAUGUAGUUAGGAUGUCUGUAUCAACCUGUGUAUUGGUAACAAAUAUCUCUGAACAGCUCAUUUGUAUUACCACUGUAUUUGUGUACUUUAACAAUUGUGUAAAUAAUAAAUUCAUAAUGACUUCUA